CGCGCUCUGCCGGCAUUCGGCGGCGCGCGUUCUGGCCUUGUGCCCGUACCGAGAAAAUCAGAUGAAUGCCGCGAGUGUAACUUUGUGAAUAACUUAGUGACUCCUGGAUGUUCGUGAUAACGAUGGGUGCCCCACUUGUGUUGUUGUUAGUGAUGUGCGCCGGCUCCUUGGCCGCCGACAGGAAAAUGACCAUCGCGGAAAAACUUCGACAAGACGCGGACCUAUCGCAGUUCCUAUCACUGCUGGAGCGGAAUGCGGUGGCCAACACGAGCCUGCAGUACCGCCAGAUGACGAUGUUCGCGCCCACCAACGAGGCCUUCCAGAGGUACAAUGGAGAUAUGGACGACUCGCUUGUGCUCUACCACAUUUCAAAUCUAGCCACAACCCUAUCGAACUUAGACUACGCCAUAUCGUCAGAAUUCGACGGGAACCCUCCAUUGUGGGUGACGAGACGAAGGGACCACAUGCACGACGACAUUUACGUCAACAACGCGAAGGUGUACAUCUCCAGGUCCUACCAGGCAUUCAAUGGAAAUGGAAAGCGGCAGGUCCUGCACGUGAUAGACCAAGUAUUGCAACCCCUGCAGCCUCACGGGCCGGGAUCUUCCAGCAGCUCUGUGUACAACCCUAACGCCUACCAGUUCCUGGAACACUCCGACGAAUUUAAUAUCGGCCAGCAUCGACUAAGGUCGUUCCGUCAAAAAAUGAAUCAACUACAAAAGAAAGAAGUAUUUAACGCCGACGGAAGGAACACAUUCUUUAUUCCCGUUGACGAAGGUUUUAAGCCUACAACGAGGUCGGACCUUAUAGACGGGAAAGUAAUUGAUGGCCAUGUAAUACCUCGGCAUGUGCUGUUUACGAAGGCGACUCAUGACGAUAAGGAGUACGAAACGUUGGCGUUCAGCGAUAACGUUAAAGUUAUCAUCUCGUUCAGCACUGCUAUGAAUGGGAACGAAGAAAUCACAUACGUGAAAUCCAACACGGUGGCUGGCGACGCCAAGCACAGCCGGGGCGUGGUGCUAGCUGACAUCGUGAAAGCUAACAUCCCUGUCAAAAACGGAGUGGUUCAUCUCAUCCAGCGACCUCUGAUGGUGGUCGAUACUUCUGUCAUCGAUUUUCUCAAGGAAAAAGACGACGGACCACUAUGCAAGUUCUACGAAGUCAUCAUGGACUUAGGGGCCAAUAAUCCCUUCCUCCAGGAACUUACUAUGGCCAAAGAUAUCACAUUAUUUGCUCCAUCCAAUGAAGCUUGGAAGGAGCUUAGCGUACAAAAUAUAAUAAGGAAUCAUCAAAAACUGAGGGACAUUUUAAACCUUCAUUUAGUACGAGAACGGUUACCGAUGGAUGCCAUUAUUCAUAACAACAUGAAUCAGGGCCCGGAAAGUAUAUACCAAGCACCGACAGCUUCUCUUCGGAAGUACCUUUACUUCAAUGUCCUGAUGCACGGUCACAAUCAGACCUUGACCGUGGAAGGUGGAGGCGUCAACGCUACUGUCACUCAGCCUAACAUCGCAGCCACCAACGGCUUCGUUCAUAUCAUCGACAGAGUUCUAGGCGUCCCUUAUACGACUGUUUAUGAGAAAAUGAAGACUGACCCGAUGCUCAACGUAACGUACAACCUCGGCAAACGACAGAUGUUCAACCACCAGCUGAAUGAAAUGGAACAUCGCUAUACGUACUUCGUACCUCGAGAUCACGCUUGGCUCAAAUUCCAGAUCAGGCAUCCGUCUGCAUUCAAAGCUCUAUUCACGGAGAAGUUCGGUUACUUUACAAAACAGAUUCUGGAGAGACAUCUUAUCCGAGCGGAGAGGGCCUACACUGUGUCCGAUUUGAAAUUACUUGCAAAUGAAACGCAUCCGUUCGUGUUGCCGACUUCUCGCGACCCACUCCGUCUGCGUGUGAAGGAAUCAGACAAAAACUACUACGUCGAAUGGAACGGCCACUGGAUCCAUGUGUUCAGGCCCGACGUGGAGUGUACUAAUGGCAUCAUACAUGUCAUCGACGGGCCCUUCAUCCUCGACGCCGACAUCAGGGCCACCGGUAGCGCCGACAACGUUCACUUCACAUACGCCCUCUGGAUUCUCCUUCUUCCUUUCAUAUUCACAAGAAUUGUAGGAAACUAAUCGUUCAACUUGAGUCAAUUAAUUUUUAUUUACUAAAAUCGAAACUGUAAUAUUUACAGUUCUAAAUUACGACUUAAUUUACUGAAUAACUUGAUUCACAAAUUUCUGAGGUAUAGUUUACAUGGAUUUUUAACAUUGUUAAUUAUGUCUUAGGUGAGUAAAAGAGAUGGCAAUACUAUUAAUAUGAAGUGUCAGGGAAGUGCAAAUUUCUGAUGAAAAUUCUGCUGCGUGUUUUAAUGAGAUUACGGGGUUUUUACCAUUUUCUGACGUGACGAGAUAUCAGAUUUUUCAAUAUGUAUUUAUACUUAGGUAUUUAAAAUAAUAGAUAUAAAUCAAUUUAAUAUUUAACCAAUAGUAUCAUCAAUUGUUACCUACCUAAAAUAAUGCAUCACUGCCAUAUGUUUUUAGAGUAUGGAACUGGUAACAAAAAUAUAUACUUACCGUAUGUAUGCAAUUUUAUAAUAAAAUGUAGUGCAGUCAGAACUUGUUAAUGCAUGUAAUCAAUCAUAGUAACUGUAUAAGAUAGUAUAUGUCUUUCAAUAUUAUAUUUAAGUUAAACAAGUGGUCCAUUUAAUAUAACUUACAAAAUAUAGAUAUCUUCAAAUCAUUCUCACAAAAGACAAAAUAUAAUAUUUUUCUUCUAUCUUUGAAUUUCCAAUCAAUGAAAAUACUUGGUCCGUUGUGCCUUUUUUGAUGAAAUGUGUACUUACAAACAUUGGAUUAUUUUAAAAAUUAUUUCUAUUAAAAUAUGAAGAAUAUUCUAAUCUACCUUAUACACAUUCCAUGUUAAAUCUUUAAAUAUUUAUGAGUAAAUGUUUAUUAAUGUUACUUAUAAAUUAAACUACGAAACCCUAACUUCACCUUUCUAUUCUAGGUAACCAAAUUAUUCUAUUAAAUCCAUGACAAAAAUUGUUAACAUUCAAUGAAAUAAUUACACAUUUUUUUGAUUUAAUAUCUUGUAAAAUGUAAGAGGAAUUCAAAUUUCAAUAUAUUUGAAGUAGAAUCUCAUAACAUUAGAUAUGUUUACAUUAAAAGUCCUCAGUUAUUCGAAAUAAAAACAAAACGUGAAAGUUAUUAUGUAUAACAUUUUCGAGAGUUAAGAGUUAUUAAUUGUAUAUAGGAAUGAAUGUGCUUGCGAUUAUAUUGAUGGUGCAUUUGCGAUUCUUCUUUAAGUUCUAAGCGCGUGUAAAUAAUUUAAGUAAGUUAUGAGUGAUAUUCAUCAAGUGAUUAUAUUAUUUAAUAGCUGUUACUUGAACGACGCGACUGAUGUUACCAAGAAAAAAUAUGCUUAUGAUCACAAACACUGUUCUUGUAAUCAUAAUGCCCAUGCAUUUUGAUUAAAUAGACAUGAUAUCAUUUUUUAAAUUUAUUUAGGAAUACCAAACAAUUUGUACUGUUUUACACAUUUGGAGAGUUUAUACAAAGAAUUUUUUUCUGAUACGAUGUCUUUACUUAGAUCAGUUUUAUACGACAUUUGUCUAUUCUGUCUGUCGCUUAAUAUAUUUGUACCAUAGUAUAGGUACAGUUGUAACUAAUCCGACUUUCAAGCCAAAGUUAUCUCAGCUGAAGUAAUCAUAAGGUCCUAUUAUAACAACAUUAUGUAAGUUUACAAAUAUGAGAUUCGACCGUAGUCAAGUUUAAAAGUAGAAUUUUCAAUAAGGUGCAUUCAAACCAACUGAAUUUCUAAAAUUGUGGUGAGAUGGAUUGACCCGUGACAAUAUAAUUUAGACCAAAUAUUGCACCAAAUAUUUGGUAAUUUUAACGAUUCGAUUCGCGUGAAAUUCGCUGUAUCUCGUAGUUAUGUCAAAUUAGUUGAAAUGAAAAUAUUAUAAGCGAUGUAACUGUUUAUUAAAAAGGAAUUUAUGUAUAAAAUAUAUAGGUAUUAAAAUUUAA